UGACACUGGACUCACACAGGUGACAUUAUUACCAACCUCAGGUUUAAGAGCAUAUAGAGUGUGUGAGAUUUCUUCAGGUGUGCUCUAUAUGUGUUCUUCAGGAGCAGCGGAGGCUCUUCUGCUGAUGUCCUGACCCGCUGGCACGUUUCUCAUUGUUUACACACUUGACUGGUCAGAAUGGCUUUGUGGAGUGUGAAUCCGUCUGAACAGGCUGAGAGUCCACAGGAGCACAGCCCAGGGGUGUUGAGUCGCAUCGGGAGCUGGCUGUCGUGGGGAUGGGGCAGAGAUGAUCCCACCUCCCAAACACAGCAAGAGGAGGCUCCUGAGGAGGACCACGGAGAAACCAGCCAACCUGCUGGAGCAGAUGAGACAGACAGUCCUGCACUAGGUGAGAGCGUUCCAGCAGAGACAAGCCCAUCCCUCGACCGGAAUGCCAAACAUCUGAGACUCGGCCGUGGAGGGGGGGACGGGACGGGCGGGAGGUCGAAAGGUCACGCGAAGCAUCAGGUCGGGCAAACCAGUGAAACCUGCAAAAAAAACAAACGCAGUCAGUCGUUCGAGAGGAGAACGACACCGGAACUCUUUGACCAAAUGGGCCGGAGGAGAUCUGGCAGAAGGAGGCGGAGCUCUUACGGAGAUGAGGGCGGAGCUCAAACAAAAUCCCCAACCAAUCCCCAACCUGAAAGCUCUGCAACAACAAGUUUGACGAGCAGCCCGCGGACAGCAUGUGCUGACUCAGCCUUUGAGGAGGCGGCAAACAGUCUUCCAGAAGCCUCCGGAGCAGAAGAGCCAAACUCAGGUAGCCAUGAGGAUGUCGUCCGAGAGGAAUGUUUGGAAGCGAGCCUGAGCGAAGAUUUGGUUGAGCUGGUUUAUUCAGAUAUGGACGAGCAACGGGUGGUGAGGCUGACGGAGAGCGCCGAAUCCAAACGCAGGAGCAUCAAAGUGUCUCACAGCGAGGUGGUCUUCGCUAAAAAGGUGGUGGUCACCUCAGAGGACCAAAAUGAAGACCAAAAUGUGACUUUUAAAGACACUACGGACACCAAACGGCUGAGAUCUGAUGAAAGAGCGAGAUUGCCAGAGAACAGAGUAGACGGCACCAAUGUAAAGUCCAGUCUUCAAAAGGCCCGAAUUGCAGACAAAAUCAGUCUGUUUGAGAGAGGAGCCACCAGUGCAGUUAGUAGCUCCACAAACCUGCUUCGCCUGGAUAUUUCUCCAGCUCGAAAUGUGGCCAGUCGUCUCAAAGAUUUCACAGAACAUGCCGGAACACGGUCCAGUUCUGCACCUCCAAACCAAACAGUUAAAGAGAGGGCGAAGAAUUUCAGCGCAGGGCAGAGGGGGGAAGAGAAGCUGACGUUGCCGUCUGGUCGUACGUCGAACGAAGGACAUUCAAAAACGACUGAAAUAUCGUGUUCUGGACAUUUUGAAAAAUUCACAGCAAAGACAGAUACCAGCGGAGAGCCAAAGGGUAAAUCCAAACCUCAUUUAAACAUAGAUCAAACAGACUCUAAAUCCUACAAAGCAACACCUGCAUUGUCAGAGAGCAUAAGCUCAAACGAUGGGAAUAAAGAGGCUGAUUCUCUCCCGACAGUUUCAUCACUUACUGACAAGGCCCUGCAGGUGAAAUCACCAAACCGGACAGGCACACGAUCUAAAAAACGUCGAGGCAAAGAUGCGCUCUGCCCCACCAAACCAGAAAGGGGUGAAGAUAAACAGGAGGACAAGGACAACAAAGACAAACCUCUUGUAGAUGCAGGAGACAUUGUAAAGACCACAGAGCAGAGCACUUCUGAUAAGGAAAGACCCAACUCUGCAGGGGAGGUCACAAGCAAAAAACCUACAGUCCCUCCCAAGUUGGAGAAAGCCGCAGAAAUUAUGCAAAGCACAAAGAAAAAAUUUGACUCAAAGAAUGCUGACACAAAAGUUCCUACAGAAUUGAAAAGCAAGGAUGAGAAGGAGCGAGAAAAUAGCGGUGACUUUGAAGCACAGAUAGUGGCCGUUGCUUCAGAUACACAUCCUUCUCCAUCCAGAAAGGACAGCUCAAAUAAAGAGAAGAUACGGACAGACAUCGACUCAAAAAUGGAAGAGAAACAAAAAAACAGCAAGAAAAAGCAGUGCUCAGAAGGAGAGCAGGAAGAUGAGCAGAGGAACAGAGACUUGAUUGUAAACUUGUUGCUUGGAGAGUCAAGGAAACCAGAUCCAUCUGUGACAAAAGAAGAGAAACCACCGACCCCAGAGGACCUGAAAGAGGCCAGAUCUAAAGACUCCUCUGAGCCAGCCAAUAGCAGCACUGCAGCCUCCAGGAACAAUGCCAUGCGACACAGAGCGAGUGAGAGGGAUAUGCUGGUCUUACCUGAGAAAGUGGAAAACACCCCUGAAAAUAGCCCAAAAUCAGCACAAAGACUGUCAAAGAUGAACCAAAAGAGUCAAGAAAAAGACUGUUUGACCAGUCAGAACCAGAAAAACAUCCUUGUUACAGAAAUAACUGAUCAACUGAAAACAACUGAGACACACAAACAUAGAAAGGAAAUCAAAACAUCAAAGCCAACCGAGCAGAAAGUAGAAGGUAAAUCAAAACCAGAUAAAUCAAAGGACACCUCUACUGUGAGACAGGAAGACACAACAAUUAUGGCAACCAGUCAAGGUAAAGAAACUCAGACUACUGAAAAAAACUCUUCCGCUGAAUUGUCUGAUCAGACUAAAGAAAACACCACUUUUACAAGCAAGACACCAGCAACACCAAACCCUGCACUGGUCCAAGACCAAAAUGAUCAAAUGGACACCAUAAUUUCACCUCAAAUUGCACUUACAGAGGGAGGCGGUCCCAAAAUAGAUGGGCCGCCCCCACGCAGCCAAUCAGAGAGCAGCGAAGGACAGAAGACACAGAGGGUAUCUAGUAAAAGGGAUUUACAACAGCAACAACAAAAGCCUAGCACUGAAACUAAAAAGGGAGGCACCAAAGAAACCAAGAGCAAAAUCACUAGCACAAAAAUUACAUCCAUAAUGAAUGGCGAUAUACACUCUGUAGAGACAGAAGAUCAGUUUUCUUACAGACUUAUGCGGUCUGGAGAAGAAAUACUUGAAAAUACCUUACCUGAAAUACCAUCCAAUAAUGAAAAUCUAUCUCUGAGCUCAUUUUCAUCUGAAGCUACUGAAGCGUCCACAGAGCAGUCUGGCCAGGUCAGUGAAAAGUUUACCGCUAAACCAGCCUCAACAGAUGAUACGGCCUUCAUUUUACCAGCCUCAAGUGAUAACAACAACACAACUCUAUCAAACCCAGCUAAUAAAAAAACAACUAAUGCAAAGACCACUCCUCCAGCUGCCUCACCCAAUGAGAAAACCUAUACUUUACCUGCCUCAACCAAAGAAAAGACUACAUUUCCACUAGCAACAACCACUGAGACAAUCUCUGCUUCAUUAGGCUCCAGUGAUGACAAGAACAAACCCCCACCAGCCUCAAUUAAUGAAAAGUACAAAACUUCAUCAGAGUCAGUUAACAAAAGGACACCUAUUGAAAAGACCACAUCUCCACAAGCCUCAACCAAUGAGAAAACCUCCACUUUACCUCCCUCAACUAAAGAAAAGACUACACCUCUACCAGCAACAACCACUGGGACAACCUCUGCUUCAUUAGGCUCCAGUGAUGACAAGAACAAACCCCCACCAACCUCAAAUAAUGAGGUCAUCUCCAGUUUACCAGCCUCAACUAAUGCAAAGAAAACACCUCCUUCAGACUCAGUUGAUAGAAUGACAACUGAUGAAAAGGAUACGUAUCUACUAGCAUCAACUGAAGAAAAGGUUGCACGUUCACCAGCCUCAUCCAAUAAAAAGAAGAAGCCUCCACCAGCCUCAACUAACGAGACAAUCUCUGCUUUGCCUGGCUCUGCUAAUGAAAAGACCACACAUUCUGCAUCAUCAACUGUUGGGUCUACAUCCGCUUCAUUAAGCUCUGGUGAUGACAAGACCACACCUGCAAAAUCCCCAACUAAAGAAAAUGCUGCACCUCCACCAGCUUCAACCACUGAGACAAUCUCUGCUUCAUUAGGCUCCAGUGAUGAGAAGAACAAACCUCCAGCAGCCUCAACCAAUCCACCAGUCUCCAUUGAUAUCACUCCUAAAAAUGAGUGGACCACGCCACUGCCAGUGUCAUCCUCUUUCCCAAAAACCUCUAUCAAUGAAGAGAAUAUAACUCCACUUUCUUCAGCCAAAGAAAAGAUCAUAUCACCACCAGACUAUGGCAGUGUAAAGACCAAACCUUCACCAGAAAAGCCUUCAGCUCUUGAUGUCUCAGCGAAACAAAAGAUCUCCUCCAGUAAAUCUACAGAUCCAUCCACAAGAAAAAAGCAAUUUGUCCUCAAACCCUUUAUCCUUCCUGAAAUCCCCAAUACACGUGGCAGCUCCUCCCAGAGCAAGGACUCUCCAUCUAGCUGGCUUGAUGUGGAUCACCAACGUCCUAUAAGGAAGAAGCUGUUGAUUUCAGAACCUAAGCUCAGCUCCUCUGUGAGUGAGACCAACCUCCUGGACACAUCAGGAGAAUUUGACCCGGAUGACUUUGUUGCAAAUGUGAAAAGGCUAGCAAUGCCGUUCAAUCUUCCCCAACGCAAACACAACAAACAUCGCCUGCAAACACCUCCGUUUGCCAUGCCUGCCAUCAAAGAAGACCGCUUUGAGAAACCCUUUGAUCCGGAGGAGUUCCAGCAUGGAUUGAGGCGAAGAAGGGAAUUCACUUUGGAUCUGGCAACCAGUUCGAUAUCCAAAAGUCAAGCCACAAUAGUCAAGGAGGUGGACACCAAACCUAAGCGACAGAGCAUCCUCACAAGGUCCCUGAUCUUCCAGAGAGCAAGGACGGAGUCUGAAAAAGAAGAGGGAGAAAAAGAGGAGGGAUCAGAUGAAAAUACAACAGAACCACUGAAGGCAAUGUCUCGUUUGGAGAGGUGCUCUAUUGUCAGCAUUCUACGCAGCCCCAACAAAGCAAGACGAAUGGAGUUUUUAAGCCCCACUGAGUGUCCUUCAGAUGGGCUGUUAUCACCCAGCGAUGGUUCUGGGUCUACAGCACCUCCACAAUCACAACUAGCACCAACUACAGAACCACCCAAACUGGUCCCAGUAGAGGAAACCCUAGCUAAGAAUGACAGCCGUGGUACCCGGUCUGGUUCUCAGGUUAUUCUAAAGCCUAACAAGGACACUGGGCCUGCUGUGACACCUGACCUCAAAACAACUUCAAGAGACCCCACAGUCACUCUGUCAACAGACACUAAUGCUCCUUCUCGUCCCAGUGGUACCCAGAUUAGUUCCCAGUUUGUACAGAAACCUACGAAAGAUGAUGGACCUACCCUGGAGCCUGACUUGAAAACAAAUUCAACAGACCCUCCAGCCACCAUGAUAACAGACAAUACUGUUCCUCCACCUAGUUGUACCCAGUCUGGUUCCCAGGUUGUUCAAAAACCUACCAAGCAUGAUGGACUUGUCCUCAAAACAACUUCAAUAGACCCCACAGUCAAUAUUUCAAUUGAUGCAAACAUUCCCUUUUCUCCCAGUGGUGCCCAGACUAGUUCCCAGUUUGUAUCAAAACCUAUGAAAGAUGAUGGACCUACACUGCAACCUGACUUGAAAAGGACUUCAUUAGACCCUCCAGUCACCAUGUUAACAGACAUUAAAGCUCCUCCAACAUCUAGUUAUACACAGUCUGGUUCACAAAAUGUUCUAAAACCCAUCAAGGAUGAUGGACCUGCUCAGCCAUCAAAUAUAAUCGACCCACUGGUGGCUAGAGAAAGUGCUUCCAUGCCUGGCCUAGUGGAUCUGAAUAAGGCUGUUGAUGUAGCUGAUGGGAAGAUCCCAGAAGAUAUUAUUCCACCUGCACCUGUAGUUGCAGCGGCUCAAAUCCCUCAAGCUAAACCUCAGAGAGAACUACUAAAUAUUCCAGCUGCUCGUGGUAUCCACCGGCGACCUGGAAAGAUUGUGAUAUUUGAGCGCCAUCAGUUCAGCGGACAGUCCUUUGAGUUCUACAGGGAUCAACCUGAUGCCACACACAUGCAACUGUCCGGUGUCAUAUCUAUUAAAGUGGUCAGAGGAUGCUGGAUACUUUAUGAGAAACCAGGAUUUGAGGGACGAUGCAUCGCCCUGGAAGAGGAAGGAGUUAUAGAACUGCCCAAUCAAUGGGCAGAAGAGGGUGAAAAAACAUCUGUGGUCAUUGGCUCAAUUCGACUGGCUAUCAGAGACUACACUCCUCCCCGGAUACAGUUGUUCACCGAGCCCGCUGGCAGAGGCAGGAGCUCUGAGUAUGUGGAUAACAUCGAGGAAGUGGGCAGUUUCAGCCAUCCUCAGAACACCGGCUCAAUUAAAGUCCACAGUGGUCUCUGGCUGGUUUACAGUGAUCCGGGUUUCCAGGGUCUGCUGGCGGUUCUGGAGGCCGGAGAGUAUCCGUUCCCGGAGGCCUGGGGUUUCCCGUCGCCCGCGGUCGGCUCUAUGAGACCUCUGCGUAUGGGCGCUCUGAAGGUGGAGAAGUCGAAUGCAGUCAAGGCCGUGUUGUACGAAAAGGCCGGUCUGGAGGGCCGAUGUGUGGAGGUUCAGGGAGACGUGACAGAAAACCCCGGACUGGAUGGUGUGGAAUCACUGAAGAUCCUCGGAGGCCUGUGGGUGGGGUACGAUGGCGAGGGCUUCGAGGGCCAGCAGUUCGUUCUGGAGGAAGGAGAGUAUCUGGACUGGACAGACUGGGGCGGGACGGGGGAAAAGCUCCUCUCUCUGCGGCCCGUCCUCAUGGAUUUCUCCUCCCCUCAUAUGAAGAUGUUUAGUGAGCCGGACUUCUCAGAGCGUGGCGUCAGCAUCGACCUCCUGGAGCCGCUGGAAAACACCCUGAACACACCCUACGGCCCGCAGACGCACUCCAUCGAGGUCCUGUCCGGAGUGUGGGUGGCGUUCGAGGGUCCCGGGUUCUCCGGUCAGCACUAUGUUCUGGAGAAGGGUCUGUACGGAAGCCCGGAGGACUGGGGCGCGGCCCACAGCCGGAUCUCCUCCGCCAUCCCCGUCAUUCUGGAAAAUCAAGAAAACUCCUGCCACUUCCAGAUUGAGCUGUUCUCUGAGUCUGGAUUUGGUGGGACGUCUGUCCUGCUGCAGGACUCGUUACCCACAAUGCCCUGCGGCUUCAGCGUGCACUCCUGCAGGGUUCAUGCCGGAAGGUUCGUUAGAUCUGUUCUUGAGAGUUUCUCCGGUCAUCAGUGUGUUCUGGAGGAGGGUUUUUAUCCUGAUCUGUGGACGAUGGGCUUCACACAGCCGGACGCGUCAGUGUUGUCGCUCCAGCCCACAGGACACGAGCUCUCAGUGCCAUCGGCGGUGCUGUUUGAGCGCUCUGGACUCAGAGGACGGAGGACAGUCCUGAAGUCAGGUUCAGUGAAUCUGCAGCUGACACACAGCUGCUCCAGAGUCUCGUCUGUGCUGGUGCUCGGCGGCAUCUGGGUUCUGUACGAGGAUCAUAACUUCAGAGGCUCUCAGCUCCUGCUGAAGCCCGGCCCCGUUCCUGAUUGGCCCAAACUCUCCUCCUGGCUGCGAAUCGGAUCGCUCCGGCCGCUCAUGCAGAAACAAGUGCAUUUCCGUCUGCGGAACAAAGAGGCGGGGCUACUGAUGUCCGUCAGCGGCUCAUUGGAUGACAUCAAACUGAUGCGUAUCCAGGUGAGCGAGGAAACGGGCGGAGCUGAGCAGAUCUGGACCUAUCAGGACGGUCACCUGCAGUGCAAGUGUGUGCUGGACGUGUGUGUGGACGUGAGUUCUGGUGUCCUGAUGUCCGGCAGCAGAGCCGUUCUCUCCGCUGAAGCUGGAAAACAGCUCUGGAACAUCACGAGCGACGGGAUCAUCCGGAGCGACACCAGACCAGAGCUCGUGCUGGAGGUCAAAGGAGGUCAACAGUUCGACAAACACCAGGUUAUUCUGAAUGAUUUACACCCAGACAAACUGAAUCAGCGCUGGUCUCUGGAGAUCCUCUGAGCUGCGCCACGGGACCCACUGCUCUGCUGCGGAGCUGCGCCAGGGGGACCGGCGUCCUGUGAGGCAGCUGCACCAGAGGGACCAUCAACUGUGGAAAUCUCAUUCUCAUGAGACCCGGUGGAUUGAAUAUAACAAUAAUCCACUGGACAUCAUGUUAUUUUGUUAUUUGUUUCCAAGAACUCUCAGAUUUGAGUGCAUACUUGAACAAUAAUAACUAUUUCCCUUUGUGUAAAUUGCAUGAAACCACCUUGUUUGGACGU